GUAUCAAAUGAUUUUGACGUCAUUUGUGUUAUAAAUUGAAAUGUUUUGGAUGUGUUGUUAAAGUGAAGACAAAUAAUUGAUUUGUUUUUAUAAUUACUUUGAAGAAGUAAUCAAAGACUUUGUUUUCAUAUAUACUAUCACUUGAUUUGAAACGGAUUGUAACCAUCAAUACCAACAAUGCCACCGAAGAAGGUAUCAACUAAUCAGCCGUCGAAGAAAACGGAACAAAAGAAGAAGGAGAAAAUUGUCGAAGACAAAACAUUUGGUAUAAAGAAUAAGAAGGGAACUAAACAACAGAAAUUUAUUCAACAAGUGAACAAUCAGGUCAAACAAAUGGGACAGAAAAAGACUGAUAUACAACCAAAUCAAGCGGUGGUUAAAAAGGAAGAAAAGAAGAAACUGACGGAUGAAAUGAACCAAUUGUUCCGUCCGGUGACGACUCAGAAAGUUGAGAAAGGAGUCGAUCCUAAGUCUGUUUUGUGCGCAUUCUUCAAGUCCGGUCAAUGCGGUAAAGGAGACAAAUGUAAGUUUAGUCACGACGUGUCUGUCGAACGCAAGAGCGAGAAGAAGAGUUUUUACGUCGAUGUAAGGAAUGAAGACAAUAUGGAGAAUUGGGACGAAGAAAAACUUAAAGAAGUUGUCGAGAAAAAACACGGAGAAAGGGAAAAGAAGUUACCGUCGACUGACAUCAUUUGCAAACAUUUCAUUGACGCUCUGGAAACAAAUAAAUACGGCUGGUUUUGGGAUUGUCCUAAUGGUGGCGAUAAAUGUCAUUACAGACAUUGUCUUCCGCCAGGAUUUGUGCUAAAUAAGGAUAAGAAGAAACAGGAAAAGAAAGAUGACAUCACUAUUGAAGAAUUGGUUGAAAUAGAGAGAGCAAAGCUUGGAUACAAUUUAACAAAAAUAACUUUAGAGUCGUUUCUGGAGUGGAAACGAAAGAAAAUCGAUGAGAGGUCUGAAAGUGAUAAAAAAGAGAGCGAACGGAAACGCGCCGAAUAUAAAGCCGGCAAAAAUGUUGGACUCAGCGGUCGAGAAAUGUUUACUUUUAAUCCAGAUUUAGCUUUAGAUGAAGACAUGGAGGAAGGAGAAGACGCUUAUGUCCACACAAAUGAUGACAGUGAUGAAGAAGAUAAUCUGGUUUACAGAGAAAUUAAUAUUGAAAAUCUUUUAGUUGAUGUCAAAGCAGCGGAUGGAACGGGAACUCAAUGUACGACAAGAGAAUUUCAUACAAACACAGAACCGACUAAAUCAAUGGCAGAAGGAGGUGAAGCCGAAUCCAACACCUGUAUAGUUAACGAACCAAUUGAUGAAUCACUUUUUGAUUGCGAAGAUUUAGAUGAAUUGGACGAAGAAAUAAAUUCAUUGUCGUUAGAAAAAUAAAUGAAAUAAUAUUUUAAUUAAUUAUUUUUAAG